UUGCAGAAGAAAAAACAGAGAGCGAGAGGGAGUAACGAGAAGAAGAAGAGCAAAAGAGUGAGAGCGAGAGAGAGCAACGAGAAGAAGAAAUGCGGGAGACUCCUUUCAUUGUUGCUUGAUUUUCUGGCUCUCAUGGAUUCUGAUGCUACAGCUUUUGAAUCAUCCUCUCCUUUAUCACCAAGCACUGGAGUAUCGAGCUUGAGAGCCCUCCUGCUCCCUUCCCUCCGGUUCCUACAGUUCCCCGUCACGUCCCUGCUCGAAUACACCGGUAUCCUAACUGCCCGGCCCGUUUACCCCUACUCAGAAGCUCGUCCCCUCAUACCGGAAAACCUUAGAAGCUCAGAGCCAGUCGACGGCCUAGACAGGAGUGACAACAGCAGUAACGGCGCCGGCAGUAGCCCCAGCAGCGGAGAUGUUUCGAUUCGGAUAACUGGGGACAGGAAUAGGGUUCGCGUUGUGAGUAAUGGGGAAACUGGUGAUUUGAGUGGGGAUGAGUCCGCAGAUUUAGUUAAUGGGAACGUGAGUAGUGUUGGUGGUGAUAUCGAGGGAAACACUAACAGGAACGAGUCUGCUUAUCAAAGCCAUGAUAUACAGCAGGCGGUGAGGUGGAUUGAGCAGUUCCUUCCGUUCUCAUUCCUCUUGUUGUUGGUCUUCAUCAGGCAGCAUUUUAGAGAUACGUUGGUUCGACAGUCAGCAUUGGUCUUGAAAUUGUUUCUGUUGAUAUAUUACAAGAAUGGAAGAGGUCCAAGUUUUAUUAGGCAGGGAAAUAUUUUGAGCCUCAUUGAGUUCACAACACUGCUUUAUCGAGAUUUGUUACAGACACCCGUGUGGUAUAGAUUCUUCUUGAACGAAGAAUACGGGAGUCUGUUUUCAUCACUCACAACAGGGCUGUAUUUGACUUUCAAGCUCACGUCAACUGUUCGGAAGGUCAAAUCGUUUGUUACUGUCUUCAAGGUGUUGUCAAGAAAGGAAGUCCAAUACGGGUCUUAUGCGACAUUGGAACAGGUAAAUGCAGCCGGAGACCUGUGCGCUAUAUUCCAGGAAAAAAUGCGUUCGCCGAUUUUAUUGCGCUGCGAUCAUAUAUUCUGUGAAGACUGUCUCUCCGAGCAGUUUGAACGGGCGAGAAGUCAGAGAACGUGCCCUCUGUGUAGGACAUGGGUCAGAUCAGCUCAACUUUGGCCGUUUGGUGAUGGGUCUACUGAUCUCUUCUUCCGGCUCUUUUAGCCUUAAAAAUUAAACUUCGCGUUUAAAAACAUGGGGAAAUAUCUAGGAAUUUACUGCCCUUAUAAUGGGGGUGUGGAUGAGUGAGCCAUGGUUUCAAACCACCUUACAUAUAUUUGUUCAUAUUUUUGUCCUGGUUUACUCACCUUUUAUAUGUGUAGUUUAUAAACAUUCAACGAUGAUGAGUGUGAAAAGUUGCAACAGAAGCAGGAUAUACAGAUUUGUAGUCUGUGUUAUGGAUUUACAGUUUAGUUGGUGAAUUAGCUGUUGAUUGAAAUCUAUAUAGACUAUACUCGGUAAUGUAUUUAGCUGGUGAAUUAGUUGUUGAUUUAGUAUUUUUUUUAUAGGUAAGGUAACAAAUGCAAAAAUGUGGCCCGAC